AUGAAAUUUUUAUCAAACAAAAUAAAUGAAGAAGAUGAAUCAGUAUUGGAAGAUGAAGAAAAUAAGGAGAUAAAAGAAGAUAAGAAGAUAAAUUUUGAAGAGUCACAAAUGGAACAAUCAGUUGAAGAAAAUCAAAUAGAAGAAAUAGAAGAAGAAUCAAGAAUAUACUUUAAAAUAGAAGAAUUUAAUUCUAAAAUAGAAAAUAUAAAAAACAGAGCAAAUAUAAAAAGUAACAAUCCACCAGAAAUUGUUCAAAGAAAAUGUGAUCUUCUUAAAGCGUUUUAUGAGAAUAGAAUGGAAAUAGAACCGGUUUGA